GCACGCGUAUAUACUCGCACGGCCUGGGCCUGGGCAAAAGGCAAGCGGCAGUGGCCGCGGCGCGGGUGCGCAACGUUUAAGUCUCUCUCCAUCUCUGCUUACCGUCUUCUCGCUCUCGUGGCUGAGAAGGCGCGUGCUCUCCAACACCCAGACACGCGCGACCGAGCGUGGAGCGGAAGGAGGUGGUCUUGGUGCCGUGGGGGAGCGAGCGCCCUGGUCGGGCGGCGGGCUGGUUCCGUCGGGGCGGCGACGGGCUGUUUGUGAGGCGGGGACUCUCCCUCCCCCCGCCUCCCCCUCUCCCCCAGUUCCCGGUACCGACCCUCACACCGGAGCCAAUAUUCCUGAAAUUAAGAGAUACGCUGCGGCGGCGGCGGCGGCCGGAGCUGCGGGGCCCGGGGCGGCCGGGGCCGGAGGGGACCGCAGCGAGGCCGUCGCCGCCAUGGAGGCAUUGGGACCAGGGCCACCAGCCAACCUUUUUCAGCCACCCCGUCGCCCAGGCCUGGGAACAGUUGGGAAACCAAUCCGUCUCUUAGCCAAUCAUUUCCAAGUGCAGAUCCCUAAAAUUGAUGUUUAUCAUUAUGACGUGGAUAUCAAACCAGAAAAGCGUCCCCGGAGGGUGAACAGGGAAGUGGUGGAUACUAUGGUGAGACACUUUAAGAUGCAGAUAUUUGGGGAUCGGCAGCCUGGCUAUGAUGGCAAAAGGAACAUGUACACUGCACAUCCUCUGCCUAUUGGCAGGGAUAGGGUGGAUAUGGAGGUCACACUCCCAGGUGAAGGGAAGGACCAAACCUUUAAAGUGUCCGUUCAGUGGGUGUCUGUGGUCAGCCUUCAGAUGCUCCUGGAAGCUCUGGCAGGGCAUGUCAAUGAAGUCCCAGAAGACUCUGUACAGGCACUUGAUGUCAUCACACGGCACCUUCCCUCUAUGAGGUACACACCAGUGGGCCGUUCCUUCUUCUCUCCCCCUGAAGGAUACUAUCACCCACUGGGAGGUGGUCGGGAGGUCUGGUUUGGCUUCCACCAGUCUGUCAGGCCAGCUAUGUGGAACAUGAUGCUCAACAUAGAUGUAUCAGCAACCGCUUUCUACCGUGCCCAGCCUAUUAUUGAGUUCAUGUGCGAGGUCUUGGAUAUUCAGAACAUCAAUGAACAAACAAAACCCCUUACAGAUUCCCAGCGUGUUAAGUUUACCAAAGAAAUCAGAGGUCUAAAAGUAGAGGUUACUCACUGUGGUCAGAUGAAGAGAAAAUACAGAGUUUGCAAUGUUACUAGGCGACCAGCCAGCCAUCAAACGUUCCCUCUGCAGUUGGAAAAUGGACAGGCUAUGGAGUGUACAGUAGCUCAGUAUUUUAAGCAGAAGUACAGUCUGCAGCUGAAAUACCCUCAUCUUCCAUGCCUUCAAGUAGGGCAGGAGCAGAAACACACGUAUUUACCCCUCGAGGUAUGUAAUAUAGUAGCAGGCCAGCGAUGCAUCAAGAAGCUAACAGACAAUCAGACGUCAACGAUGAUCAAGGCAACGGCACGGUCUGCACCUGACAGGCAGGAAGAAAUUAGUAGACUAGUGAAGAGUAAUAGCAUGGUGGGCGGUCCUGAUCCAUAUCUGAAGGAGUUUGGUAUCGUUGUCCAUAAUGAAAUGACGGAGUUGACAGGCAGGGUGUUGCCUGCGCCAAUGUUGCAAUAUGGAGGCAGGAACAAGACUGUUGCUACGCCAAAUCAGGGUGUCUGGGAUAUGAGGGGAAAGCAAUUCUAUGCUGGCAUUGAAAUUAAAGUUUGGGCUGUUGCCUGCUUUGCUCCUCAGAAACAAUGUCGGGAAGACUUGUUAAAGAGUUUUACCGAUCAGCUACGCAAAAUUUCCAAGGAUGCAGGGAUGCCAAUCCAGGGCCAACCAUGCUUCUGUAAAUAUGCACAGGGUGCGGACAGUGUGGAGCCCAUGUUCAAACACUUAAAAUUGACUUAUGUUGGGCUGCAGCUAAUUGUGGUGAUUCUCCCUGGAAAGACACCAGUCUAUGCUGAAGUUAAACGUGUUGGGGAUACUCUGCUAGGAAUGGCCACCCAGUGUGUUCAGGUGAAAAACGUGGUAAAAACUUCUCCGCAGACUCUGUCCAACCUAUGUUUGAAGAUAAAUGCAAAACUUGGUGGGAUAAACAACGUGCUUGUACCACAUCAAAGGCCCUCUGUAUUCCAGCAGCCAGUGAUCUUUCUGGGAGCAGAUGUCACUCACCCACCUGCUGGGGAUGGGAAGAAACCUUCCAUUGCUGCUGUCGUAGGCAGCAUGGAUGGCCACCCUAGCCGCUACUGUGCUACAGUGCGAGUGCAGACCUCCCGUCAGGAGACAUCCCAAGAGCUGCUGUACAGUCAGGAAGUGAUCCAGGACCUGACCAACAUGGUGCGAGAACUGCUGAUCCAGUUCUAUAAGUCCACUCGAUUCAAGCCCACACGGAUCAUCUACUAUAGGGGAGGUGUGUCAGAAGGGCAGAUGAAACAGGUGGCUUGGCCAGAACUCAUUGCAAUCCGGAAGGCCUGCAUUAGCUUGGAAGAAGACUACAGACCAGGAAUCACCUAUAUUGUUGUGCAGAAAAGGCAUCACACAAGACUCUUCUGUGCUGACAAAUCUGAAAGGGUGGGGAAAAGUGGCAAUGUUCCAGCAGGCACAACUGUGGACAGCACAAUCACACAUCCCUCUGAAUUUGACUUUUACCUCUGUAGCCAUGCAGGAAUUCAGGGAACCAGCCGCCCUUCUCACUAUCAAGUCUUGUGGGAUGACAACUGUUUCACUGCUGAUGAGUUGCAGCUACUGACCUACCAGCUGUGUCACACGUAUGUCCGGUGUACACGGUCUGUUUCAAUUCCUGCUCCUGCAUACUAUGCCAGGCUGGUAGCAUUUAGGGCAAGAUACCAUCUUGUAGACAAAGAUCAUGACAGUGCUGAAGGCAGUCAUGUUUCAGGACAGAGCAAUGGCCGUGACCCUCAGGCACUAGCCAAGGCAGUGCAGAUCCAUCAUGAUACCCAGCACACAAUGUAUUUUGCCUGAUGAGAAUCUGAGAAGAUGAAGCAGAAGCAGAAGCCACCGACUACUGGUGGUUAGGGCUCAGUUUUAAUUCAGGCUGUCCACCACCAGCAGCUUGGGACAGUUGCACUGAAUCGACGCAGCAAAAUCUGAUGCAGGCGCAAUUGAGCCAUUUUUGUUUGUUUCAGUAAAUAGAAAUUUCAUAAACAGUCUUUGCAUUGGACUGAAUUUUUACCUCAAAGCGCAAAAGGCUGAUCCUCCUAAAAAAUUUUUAAAGGACUUGGCACGAAAGGUUUUUAUUGAAAUAUUUUGCUAAUCAAUUUUAAGUUACCUCCUUGUCCCCAUUAAGCUAAUCAAGAAGCUAAAUUCCUCCUGGGCUUCUUCAUACUUCUUAGUGAGUCUCCAGAUAUGGCAAACCGUCUUACUCCACUGUUCUACUGUGUGGGGCCAUAUAGACUUUAUAAAUGGAACUUUUACUGUAAACAUCUUUAAACAAACAUUAAGUUUCAGAGGUACUGCUGUUCUUUUUUUGUUUUGCUUUGUCAAGCUUUAUUAGUCUUUUGUAAAUCUCUCUGCAGUCAUGGGCUGCAAAGCAAUUGCACUAUAACUGCGAAUUCAACUUGGUGGUUCUUGUUCUGUGAAUGUGUAACAUAAGCAGAUAGCAAUGCCCUUUGGCAGGUCUAGUAAAAUCAUAAUGGUUACACACAACUGCCGCUGUCUGGUUCAGAAUGCUGAACUGCUUCCCACUCUAAAAAGUAUGUGACUUAAGUUCUAAAAGAUUAGUUUUAGGUAUUUUUCAGACAUUAUGAAAGUGCCCAUUUUAUGCUGCUGUGUUUGAUGAAUUGAGGUCAUUUUUAAUACUCUUUUUCAUAGAAGGUUUUAACUUUGGCAAUAAUUUUUUUUUAAUACCCUGGCAGUAACUUUUCUAGCUGAAUACUUUACAUGGGUUACAGCCAACAUUCUUGUGUAGGUUGACUUUGCUGAAGAGAAAAUUAGUUCUUAAAUGGAUCAGAAAAGGCUCCCUUCAUGCUUUUUACAAAUGAUUAUUUUUAACUGUUUUAUAUUCACCAUUGGUCUGUCUACCCCUUUUUAUAAGCUUGGAAAGUAGGUGUUCCGUAUAUAGGAAAGGCUUUGCCAAUAUGUACAGCUAUAUAUAGUGUGACAGUAGCAAUCAAAGACUUUUACCAGCAUUUUAAAACUUUGUUUCUUUGAGAGUUUAGGUUGCCCGCAUGUACAGCAGUAUUCGCUAGCAUGUGUGAAGUGUAAAUUUUAAUGUUUACCUUGACCCAUUUUUAUAAAUUAGAGCUCCUACUUGCUUGGUUCUCUUCCACUAAAAUGUGUAAUGCAAAAGGGAGGGGGUCUGCAGACGAUAGUAGUGUUGCGUUGAGACUAGCUUGUGAGAUGCUUUAAAUUUCUAGUUUUUAACUGAGAUGACGCCACUGUGAAAGAUUGGGAUUUUGCCAAUAAUUGCACUCUGAUAUGAACAGGUGGUGUUGCAAAGUCAUGUGACCUUGUGAACUUUCAGAUCCAGACCUCAAGGUCAGCAAUAUGCUAUAUGAUUUUGAGUUUUCCUUCAGUCUUUUGAAAAAAAAUAGAUACUUGGAAAGUUUACAUUUCUAAAUACUGUCAUUCAGCCGUACCUGAGUACACUGAAGUUAGUCUUCAAAAAGCAGUUUUUGUAAGCUUGUCCCAGAACUGUGUCUCUCGGUGGGACCCAGCUUAUAAAAUUUUCCUUUUCCCACUCAAACAGGAGUGAAGCGAACUCUGCUCUGACACAUAGCGUGAACAGGCUUAGAUAGCAGACUUCUUUAAAUGUAUUUAAGCCUUUCAUUCCCUCCCCCUUAAGAAUACCUCACUUGUGUAAUAAAUAUCAGGACAUGUGGGAAGGGAGAGUGACCGCUGCUUCAGUUAGUCUGCUGCUUUUCUUUUCUUUUUUAAAUACUUGUUCAGGGAGAAAAUGCAAGAAUUGAACUCCUGUUGCCCAACAUAUGGAGAACUGAGGCACCUUGAAGAGAGUAAGCACCUGUUGAGUGUGUAGCAUUUUUUUAAUUUUUUUGCACUAGGUAAGGGCAUGAAUUGAGAAUGAGUGAGAGGGUACGUAAAGAAACAGCUGUCCUAGCACCACAAGCGCUCCUAGUGCGGAUGGAGCCAAGAGAAGCUCUUAUGUGCCUGUCUGCACAUGUCUGUCUCCUUCGUACAUCAGAGUCAAGCAACACAUUAAGCACGCCUUUUUUAAAAGUACGUGUUUACUAUUGGCCACUCUUCUUCAUUAGAAAAAGCAGCUUGAGCUUCCAGAUCCAGAUCAGGACUCUGGCUUGGUGGGAUAAUGUGCGGGGGAUAGAAAAAGGCGUCAUGUUUUAAAAGCACCUACUUCUGGAUGAAGAGGAAGAAUCUGGAGUACAUUUUGAGUGUGCUCUCUGUUCUUCCAUCAGGUGUGGACAUGUGACCAGCGGAAAGAUAAUGGCUUGCCCAAAUGACCUGGCAGACAUAAAUAAUUAGGCCAGUGGGCUGAAGGUCCCCUACCUCUGGGUUAAGUCUUCAUUUUCCUCCUGAAAGUUGUCACCAAAGACAAAUCUGGAUCCCGCCCUUCCAACCCUCUCUCUCUCUCCUCCCCCCUCUCCCUCUCCCUCUCUGCAUUUGCUUUCAAGAGAGUUAGUGGCCAGUUGUAAGCAUGCUUUUAAAAAAAAUAAGUGGGUGCUUAACAUAACUUGCAGUUUGGCCUGAACUGUGUAGACAGGCAGGCAUCUUAACUUGCGGCUGACUCUUUCAUAAUAAAAUAGGCCAGGACUACAUGAAAUGGUCCUUUUUGUCUUCUAUCAUAGGAAAACAAAACCGCGUUCUGAUAAUUAUAUCUUUGUUGUGUUUUACAGACCGCAACUAUCUUUUGAAGUCUUCUGUAUGUUAAAAUUAUAUAUGUAAGCAGGAUUCUUUUUAAUGCAUUAUUGUCCCAAAAAAAUAUCCAAAAAAAGUCUCAAACUUUUUUGCCAACUUUUGCACUUUCUUGGAAUUUUUCAUGAAUUUUCCUUUAAUUUCCCCCCCUGUUGGAAUCUUUUAUGUGCAAAAAAUGUUCAGUUAUCUCUCUGUUGCUGAAAAGUGUGAUGAUGGGGGUGGGGAGUGUUUCAAAGAUGAGGAUUUAUGGAAGGAGGGGUGUGGGUGGCAACAGCAGCAGCAUAAGAUCUUCAAGACUAAUGACAGUAAGAUCCAGUUGCAGCAACACUGUUGUACGGCAGAAUCUCUUGACUCUGCUCAUUGGAACUAACCCCCCACUCUCAGUGGGAUGAACUGAAUUGUUAUGCAUGUGUCAAUCAAUGGGAAGACGUGCAUUCUGUAGCUGUAGGUUCUUAAGGUGUUUGGUUGUUUUUUUUAAGCCUGUUAUUGGCGACUGUUUAGCUGUAUGUUGUGGAGGAGUUUCAAAUGUAGCAAAUUUUGGACUGGGAGGGAGGAGGGGAAGAAUCAAAGGGAGCGAUUGGUGUUUAUGGAGCCAACAAAAUGCCUUGCCCUUUUUCUCCCUCUCCUGUUCUGCUUUUUGUGAGCACUUAAAUUCCGAAGAGGCUCUAAAAAAGCUUUUGCUCUGUAGCAGAUUGGGGGGGCAGGCUGGGGUUGCUUUCUCUUAGCUGAAGGCUGUGACAUGGCCUCGCCUUUUUUUAAGGUGACAUCCAUAAAGGGAUGCAAAAGAGAUGUUCCAUGCAGUAUGCAUCAUCAUGAUCCAAUCCAGUACAGGCGGGCCCCACUUUAUGGCACUUCGCCUUUUGGUGUUCCGCUAAUGCGGCGGCUUUCAAUUAGGGAAAGUCCCCACUUUAAGGCGCUUUUUCCACUUUUACGGCGGUUUUUGCUCAUUGCGCACCAUUUUCACACCAUGCGCACCAUUAUCUUCAAUGGGUUCUGCUUUUCGGCAGCAGUCCGGAAUGGAACCUGCCGUAUAAGCGGGGCCCUCCCCACCUCACUCCACCCCAUCUGACACUUCUAUCAAAAGCCUUUAUCCACCUGUUGGGGACAAGGCCAUUUUGACAGGUUAGCAAGCCUGCAAUCCCUCCCCCCCCCCCAAAGAACUACCUUUGUGGAUGUGUUGUAGAUUUCCACCCACCCCCCUUGCUCAAUAGCAAGGCAGUUGCUCCGCUUCCAUUUUAGGAAAGUAGAGCUCAGAGGGCAUUGUAUCAAUACUGUUUGAACUGCAAGGUUUUUUCCCUUGUGCAAUCUGAGGAAAGAUCACAUGUGAAUAUCACUUAAGAGUUUCUUUAUACCUUGCUAUUGACACAUUUUGGUGAUAUUUCUGUCUAGAGCCUGAAACAUGUAUGUAAAACUUGUUUGCAUUUGUUCCAUUUUUGACUUCUGAUGUAUUUUUCUUUUUCGUUUUCUUUCUAUAUUGUUAGACUUGUAAUGUUUUAAAAUGUAUUUUAUUAAAAUUGGACUGGAUGUAUGUCUAUAGCAAUACGAGGUACUUCUUUCUUUAAAAAAAACAACUGCCCUGUUUGGGGGAGGGUUGUUUAAUAGCCCCCCCCCCGUUGCGAUAAUAUGCUGGCCGUGUACAACUGCAAUGUAUUUUUUUUCUUUUCUAGCCUGCAGGGAUUUUGUGUUCAUGUGUCCAAAAAAAUAAAGGCAUUUGUGUGCCAA